UUCCAAGAUGUCGCUGACUCGGUGGAAGAGGUGUCGACUUAAAGUACAAGCAUCUUCCCUUUAACAUGUAAACCCGACCAUGUCGGGAAAUAUACCACUAGAGAGAUGCUUCAAAGAGGCAGAGGAGACGGGAAGGCUCAAUUUGAGCCAGAAAAAUCUUCGCGAUUUCCCAGAUCCGACAGACGAUUGCGAGUUGAUCGAUGUAAUCGAAAUAGACUUGUCAAGAAAUAAACUGUCCGAAUUCCCUGCAGAGCUGUGCGAUUUUCUUAUGAUUGAGAGAGUGGAUUUAUAUCACAAUACGAUACGGGGAGUUCCAGAAUCGCAAAUGAGUGAACUGAAAUUUCUCCGUGUCCUAAACUUGAGACGGAAUCAGAUCACCACUUUCCCCUCAGAGCUCUGCUCCUUGCCUCUGCAAGUCUUGAACUUAAGCAACAACAAGCUUACUUCUUUGCCCGUUGAAAUUGGACACUUAACUUUAUUGCAAGAUUUGGAUUUAAGUUCAAAUGAAUUAGUACACCUGCCAAGUAGUAUGGGAGAGAUGUUAUCUUUAAAGGAUUUAAACAUUCGAAGGAAUCGUUUAGAAGUUUUACCAGAUGAACUUAGUAAAUUAAAAUUGGUUCGAUUAGAUUUUUCUUAUAACAAAGUGUCCGUGAUUCCUCCUGCUUACCGGCUUAUCACCAGUUUAUCAGUGCUGGAACUUGCGCACAAUCCAUUGACUUCUCCCCCUGCUCAGGUCUGCACAAAAGGGAAGUUACAUAUUUUCAAGUACCUCAGCGCAACUGCUCAUGAACAAGAAAAGAGAAGAACAUUUGACAGAGAUGUUGUUAGAAAAUACUCUUUUCCUCGAUCAUCAAGUGAGGAUGCUCCUGAAAACCAUCUAAUGAUUGACAGAGUAAGAAGAACGCAUUCCUUAGAUUUAGCAAGAAAUGCAGCUGCAAGAGAAACUUAUGAGAAAGAGGUUUAUCGACCAAGCUCAUUACGAGAAAGAGAGAGAACAAGGCCCCCAUUGUCUAAUGUGUUUGAAACAGAGGAGAAGAGACGGGAGAUUCAGAAAGAGAUAGAAAGAGCACAACAGCUACUUGCAGAUGCCCACGAAGUGGAAGAUGGUGAAAUGCAGUCAAAACCAGAUGAGGAGUAUAAUGAAGGAGAGGAGCUUCUGAAGGAAUUCUUACAAAUUGAAGCUGAGCAAAGGCGAAAGAAGGAAGAAGAGGAAAGGCAGGUUGAGGAACGAAGAAGUGCUGCAAGGAAGCUGCAGACACAACAUGAAGAAAUACAACAACAACGACAAGCAGAGGUCAGGAGGAAAAUGGAAUCCAAGAAUGCAACUCCAGACCAGAAAAAACUCUCCUCAUCUUCAUUUGGUGGUAGAGAUAGUGCAAAGCCUGCUGUUGCGAAUCAUCCAACUUACAAGGUGUUGAGUCGUUCAGGUUCAGCAAAAGAAGCAAGUACCCCUGCAAUGGAAUCGCCUGAUGUUGCAUGGAACAGACAGGAGGAAGAGCUCCGAGCACGCAAAAGAGAGCAGCUUAUGCAACAGAGCAGAAGAGAGGCUCAACUUUCCAGGUUGAGAUUUGAAGAAGAACGUAUGAAGCGUUCUUCCAACCUUUCAAGAGACGGCUCAAGCAAAUCGAGAUUUAGUGGCAAAAGCAGUGCUGCAACUGUUUCUUUUAACGGUAGUGAAGCACCUUCCCAAAAUGAUGGCGGUGUGCAAGAUAGAGAGGCAUGGGAGGAACUGGUUUAUACAAAUAUUCAUACAAGACAGAAAGCACCUCAGGUCCGAUCGUUACCAGCGACCUUCAGAGACCAAAACAAUCCGAAUUUUACCAUAAAGCGAAUGUACGACAGUGCACGAGAGGAAUUUGAACAACUGGAAAGACUUAGAGAGGGUAUCGAGAGCCGCCUCAAGGUGGCAUUACCAGAUGAUCUGCCUGCAUCAUUGGCCGAUGGAGUUGUUCUGUGCCACCUCAUAAAUCACAUAAGAAAAGGGCUGAUUCCCAGCAUCCAUAUUCCUUCGGCAGGAGUGCCCAAACUUACAAUGCCAAAAUGUCAGAAAAAUGUGGAUUAUUUCCUCGAAGCGUGUAGAAAGCUUGGGGUAGACAAGGAAAAACUAUGUACACCAUCGGAUAUUCUCGAGGAGAAGAGUCCGUUACGUGUUUGCCAGACGGUAGAAUCUCUAUUAGAACACGCUGACGGAGGGGUAUAACAUCACCCAGUGAAACAAGAAUUUUGGUGAUUCAAAAUCUUGAGAAUUGACUUGCAGAGCUGCUCCAGUCGUUUCUUAAUUCAUUUCCCCAAAAAUAUUUAAAGGAAAACCCGUCCAAUUUGUUGCUGUAUUGCAAGCAACGUUGGAAAGACAUUCAUUACUGAUAAUUGUACAGGAAAUUUUCCGAUCGUAUUCGGUAGGCUGUGAACAAAACGAAACGAUCGGAUUGAAUCACCUUUGUACCGUAGAGUUAAUUGAAAAAUGAACCAUAGAGUUCCCAAUCGUUGUUGUAGGUGCCUUUCUAAUAUACUGCUUUGAAUUGCAUUCCUGAUUUGUCUGCAAAACGUCUAACAGUUGUGUUAAGAUUGUUGGAUUAGAGACACAUUUGUCCUUAUUCUCCAAGACUCUUGAGAAGCUAUAAGGAAGCCUUUGUUUAUGAAUAACGCUACACGUGUAUGAAAUUGUGGAAAAGCCAGUUGAUUAUAAUCAAACGCCCUCUCUCUUUCUUGUAAAGGCAUUUUGUGUAUCGCGCAUCCUCUCUGCGUGUAGUUUACCUUUCUCUCUUUUUUUAAGAACUUAUCAGGUGUACUGUUAUGGCUAGUCUUAUAUCGAAUCUAACAAUGGCAUUCCUCUUGUAAAAUAAGUAGAAAUCAAAUCAAAUAAUCAUGGAGACAGAAUCUUGCACUACCUUUGGGAAUGCUUAACUCACCCCACUCCCGUUUAAAAAUUCCCCACCCCCUCCCCCUUUUAUAACUUCCUCUUUUAUAGUACAAAAUAUUGUGAAGAAAAUCACCGUGCAUAUCUUGACAAAGUCUUGCCAUGAUUCUACAUUCAAGAUGACAGCCAAAAAUUAUCCUUUCGUUGUCUUUUUUGUUUUCUAAAAACUCUCUUCGUUAACACUUCCCUUGAAGGCAAUGCGUCAAAAUCGAAGUGGUAAAGAAAGCAAACGGUUAGAUUUUUACAGCGUUUAAAACGCUUUUAACUGGUGGUGUGGCGAUGUUUGGAUGCAAGUUAAAAAAAUAUUUGACCGUUUAUUAAAUUAAUUGUAAAAUAAAUUGAGAAAUAAUUUUGUGGAAAACAGGUAACACAGCACUAAUGUAUUAGAAUAGUUUGAAGUACCAUGUCUUCCUGAAUUCCAAGAGGGUUAUAACACUGUAAGAAUUUUGAGGCCCCAGCUCACAUACUGUACAAUUUGAAGUUAAGGCACUCAGUUCCAAUUUUGUUAUCUCUUUUGCCCAAUCUGCAUUGAGGAAGACGCGGUAAAGGGAUAAGUAAAUAUUGAAGCCAAAUAUUGAUAUACUACUCAAAAUUCAACUACAACAUAGAUCAAAGAAUCAUCACCCAAUAAUUAAAAAUUGUUUUCUUAAAUGUAACCUACCGUAAACUUCUGUAGUCCGGUCAAUAUUUUUUACAAUUUUGGGAAAUAAUUGUUGAUAUUAAAUCCAAGGAAAAAUAAAGUUGUGAU